AUGCGAUAAUCUUUGAAAAAAAGAAAAAGAGAAAGAAAAGGAAAUCAUUCUAGCUUAAUUUUCUCUAUAGCCAAACAGAAAAAAAUAGUUUCUUUUUCUAUUUUUCUCCAAUUGUAGCCUGAAAAUGGGAGUUCAAGAAAUGGACCCGCUAACCCAAUUAAGCUUACCUCCGGGUUUCCGGUUCUACCCGACGGAUGAAGAGCUUUUAGUGCAAUACUUGUGUAGGAAAGUUGCUGGUCAUCAAUUUUCAUUACAAAUCAUUGGUGAAAUUGAUUUGUACAAGUUUGAUCCAUGGGUUUUACCAAGCAAAGCCAUAUUUGGCGAGAAAGAAUGGUACUUCUUCAGUCCUAGAGACAGAAAAUACCCGAACGGAUCUCGACCCAAUAGAGUCGCGGGUUCGGGUUACUGGAAGGCAACUGGUACUGAUAAAGUCAUCACUACAGAAGGGCGUAAAGUUGGAAUCAAGAAAGCUCUUGUUUUUUACGUUGGUAAAGCUCCUAAAGGAACUAAAACUAAUUGGAUCAUGCAUGAGUAUCGCCUCCUGGAAUCUUCGCGGAAAAAUGGAAGUACAAAGCUUGAUGAUUGGGUUUUAUGUCGGAUAUAUAAGAAAAAUUCGGGUGCACAAAAACCCAUGACAAGCUUUCCUUCAAGUAAAGAACAUAGCAAUAAUGGUUCAUCUUCAUCUUCAUCUUCUCAUCUUGAUGAUGUUUUGGACUCUUUAACUGAAAUCGAUGACCAUUUCUUUGCUUUGCCUACUGCCAAAACAAUGCAACCCGACGAUAAAAUCAACAUCAACAAUCUGGGCUCGGGUAAUUUUGACUGGGCGACUCUUGCCGGGUUGAACUCGGUCUCUGAACUCGCUACGGCUCAGCAAGCUCAGUCUCAGACCCAAGGGCUGAUGAAUUAUACUCAAAAUGGUGAUGACCUUUAUGUCCCUUCGUUCCAACAGCAUAUCGGACAUGUGGAUAUAAAGAUGGAAGAAGAGGUUCAAAGCGGAGUAAGAACUCACCGAGCCGAUAGCUCCCGUUUUCUUCAACAAACCUCGAGCGUGUUGACUCAGAACUUGUCCAACUCGUUUGACCCGUAUGGGUUUAGAUACUCGGCCCAACCGGGUAGUGGGUUCGGGUUUAGGCAGUGAGAACAGAAUUUAGGAGUGCAUCUCUAAUAUUCUUUUUUUCUUUUCCUGAAAGGGAAGGCAUGAGGAGGGCAUUUCUGUAAAUAUUUGGGAUUCUUUGGGGCUAACUUUUUGGUUUGGAUACCAAAAAGAGGAAAAAAGUUGAGAAAUGGGGAGCUUAUAAUUUUGGAUUAGAUUCAAUGACAAUUGUACAAUUUAAUCUCAGAAUUAAGAUAGGAUAUUAUAUAAUUUUUAUACCAA